UGGCUCCUGCUGCCCCGAGGAGGAGCUCUCAGAGCCCGGCAUAUGGCAGCUCCAGAGACAGCCUGGACCCAGCAGGGAGCACUGGCUGGAGCAGCCACUCGGGCUGCCAGGGCCAGGCCACGCAGGGCGGCGGUGGAGGACACGGCACAGAGGGGACCUGCACACAACCCCUCGUGUUCCCGGGGCCUGGCACCCCCCCUGGGCAGCCCCAGGAGCUCCCGAGGUGCUCCUGGAGCCGGUGGUGCCUCUGCUCCGUCCUGGCAGCCGCGGGCGGCCGGUCCCGGGGGACGUGGGGACGCAGAACCGCCCCGCUCUCCUCCUCCCCUGCUCCUGCUCCUCUUAUACCCUCCUCUCUCCUCCCCCUCCGAGCAUCCCUCUGCUCCUCUCCCUCCCUCCCUCCCGCUCGCCUCUGGCUCCUCUUCCCUUCUCCGUUUCUCCUCUCUGAACUCGCCCCUUGGCUCUCCUCCUUCCCUCACCGAAGACCCCCAGGCCGUGGCUGGACGGGGCGGACCCCCUCUCCAGAGCUGGGCCCCCCCCAGAGCGGCGAUGCCUCUCCAGAUAUUCUGCACCAUCUCCUUCUCCAGCGAGGAAGGGCCUGAGGACCCCACGGGCACCGGGAAGGGCGAAGACGGAGCGGACGAGUUCCUGUACGGGCAGGAGGAGGACGAAGAGGAGGGAGGAGAGGAGGACGCAGGGGCAGCCACGGACUUGGCGGCCUUCGCCAGCAGCUGCACCUUGCAUGGGCUGAGCCACAUCUUCGUGGAGGGCGGGCUGGGCGCCCGGCAGGCGCUCUGGGCGCUGGCCUUCCUCCUCUCCCUCUCGGCCUUCCUCUACCAGGCGGGCGACCGCGUGGCCUGCUACCUGGAGCACCAGCACGUCACGCUGCUCCGCGAGGAGCAGAGCCCCGAGAUGACCUUCCCCGCCGUCACCUUCUGCAACGUCAACCGCGUGCGGCUCUCGCAGCUCAGCCGACGGGACCUGCUCUACCUGGCCCGCUGGUCAGCUACGAGCCCGGCACUGCAGACUGGGCUUUGCCCGGCCCCGCCUGGCCCCUGGGAGGAGGAGGAGAGGAGCCCCAAUCUGUUUGGGUUUUUUAACCGCACUUGCCACCGGCUGGAGGACAUGCUGCUGAGCUGCCGCUACCGCGGCCGGAGCUGCGGCCCCGCCGACUUCGCGCCGGUCUUCACCCGCUACGGGAAGUGCUACACCUUCAGCGGGCAGGACGGGAAGCCCCGGCUCAUCACCAUGAAGGGGGGCACUGGCAACGGCCUGGAGAUCAUGCUGGACAUCCAGCAGGACGAGUACCUGCCUGUGUGGGGGGAAACAGAUGAGACCUCGUUCGAAGCCGGGAUCAAGGUGCAGAUCCACAGCCAGGACGAGCCCCCCCUGAUCGACCAGCUGGGCUUCGGGGUGGCCCCCGGCUUCCAGACCUUUGUGUCCUGCCAGGAGCAGCGGCUCAUCUACCUUCCCCCUCCCUGGGGCGACUGCAAGGCCGUGGCGGGCGACCUGGAGUUCUACGACACGUACAGCAUCACGGCCUGCAGGAUCGACUGCGAGACCCGCUACCUGGUGGAGAACUGCAACUGCCGCAUGGUUCACAUGCCAGGUGACGCCCCGUACUGCACCCCGGAGCAGUACAAGGAGUGCGCGGACCCGGCCUUAGAUUUCCUGGUGGAGAAGGAAUAUUGCCUCUGCGACAUGCCCUGCAACAUGACCCGCUACGGCAAAGAGCUCUCCAUGGUCAAGAUCCCCAGCAAGGCCUCGGCCAAGUACCUGGCCAAGAAGUACAACAAGUCGGAGCAGUACAUCGGGGAGAACAUCCUGGUGCUGGACAUCUUCUUCGAGGCCCUCAACUACGAGACCAUCGAGCAGAAGAAGGCCUACGAGGUGGCUGUCUGCUGGGUGAGUGACAUCGGGGGGCAGAUGGUGUUCAUCGGGGCCAGCAUCCUCACCGUGCUCGAGCUCUUCGACUACGCCUACGAGGUGAUCAAGCACCGGCUGUGCCGGAGGGGCAAGUGCCGCAAGAACCACAAGAGGAACAACACGGACAAGGGCGUCGCGCUGAGCAUGGACGACGUGAAGCGCCACAACCCCUGCGAGAGCAUACGGGGGCACCCUGCAGGGAUGACGUACGCGGCCAACAUCCUACCUCACCACCCGGCCCGGGGCACCUUCGAGGACUUCACCUGCUAACCCGACGUCGCUGGAUGUACAACCUGAGCUACCAAAGCCCUGCGCGGUGGAGCUGCCCCUUCCCCCGGAGCGGGGGGGUGAAGAGCCCCGGGGCCCUCCCUCGCUCCCU